UCUCGGUGGAAAUUUCCACGGGGAAAAACCACGGAGAGCCGCGCGCGUCCCAGGGUGCCCGGCCUGGGGACAGCAGCUCGCUCCGGGGACCCCGCGGGUCGGUCCCCACGGACGUCCCCCGCGUCCCCGCGCGGGUCCCACACGUCACCCCCGCCUGCCCCCCCGGGGAAACCGAGGCACGGAGGCUGCCGGGGCAGCGAGCGCCCCAUGUCCCCGCCGUCCCGCGUGUCACCGCCGCCGUGCCGCGGGGGCCCUCGCCCGCCCGGCCGCCGAGGGGUUAACGGGGGCCCCGGCGGGUUCGCCUGCCCCCCCGGCAGCUCCCCGAGGGCUCAUUAGCGGCGGCCCCCCUGCCCGCGGGAUGAAUAAUUCAGCGCGCUCGUAGGAGAGCGUCCUCCCUCCCUCUCCUUCCUCCUCCUCCUCCUCCUCCUCCUCCUCCUCCUCCUCGCGGCUCUGCCUUCCCGGCUCGCUGCGCUCAGUCGGUGCCGCGCGAGCCGGGCGCUGCCGAACUCCGCAGGGCGCGUGGCGGUGGUGGUGGCAGCGGCGGUGGCAGCGGUGGCAGCGGUGGCCCGCGAGCCCCCGCCAUGGACCCCAAGGACCGCAAGAAGAUCCAGUUCUCGGUGCCGGCGCCCCCCAGCCAGCUGGACCCCCGCGCCGUGGAGAUGAUCCGCCGGCGGAGGCCCACGCCGGCCAUGCUCUUCCAGCUCUCCGAGCACUCGUCCCCAGAGGAGGAGUCCCUGCCCUGCCAGCGCGCCUCCGGCGAGGGCUGCCUGCUCAAGCCGAAGAGGAGCAACCCGUGCGCCUACACGCCGCCCUCGCUCAAAGCCGUGCAGCGCAUCGUGCAGUCGCACCUGGAGGGCGGCCUGGCCGGCGGCGACAGCUCCGAGGGCGAGGGCGAGGGUGACGACGGCGAGCGGGAGCCGGGCCGCGCCGGGGAGCCCGACAGCGCCCUCGAGCCUGCCCCGGGGCGCCGGGCCCGGGCCGAGCCGCGGCUGCCGCCCGCCGCCAAGGCGCACCGGCGGAAAGGCGGGCAGAAGGUCUCCUUCGCCGCGGGCAGAGCCGAGGAGCUGCAGGCGCGGGCGGUGCCCGAGAUCCCCGAGGACCCCGAGGGCGGCGGCAGCGACGAGGAGGAGCCGGGCCCGGAGCGGGCCGGGGGCGGCGGCGGCGGCGGGCGCAGCGAGGAGCCCGCCGCCGCCGAGCGCCCGCCGCCGCCCCCCCCGCGGGGCGCCAGCUAGCCGCGACGGCCCCGCGCCCGCCCCGCCCGGCCCCGGGCGCUGUGCAUGGCCCCCCCGGACCCCCCCGGACCCGCCGGGGCCCCCCGGACCCCCGGGGCCCCCGCGGGUCCCCCCGCCCCGCAUCCAGCAUCGCCUGCGCAAUAAACCGCUGUACAGAGA